CGCAUCGAAAGGCAGUAAAAGGUAUGAGGUUGCGUCUCCCCGUUAGGUUAGGUAGCGGUCCUGUGCUAACUUCGUAGCUAACAAUGCCUGGGAAAUGUAAAUUCCAAGACUCCUGGCUGUCAAAAGGAAUUUACAAUGAAUGGCUGGUAAAGGACGCUCAGGACAUUCACUUUGCCCGAUGCAGGGCUUGUUGUAAAUCCAUCAAACUUCAGACCAUGGGCGAGGCUGCUCUCACCAGCCACGCAGGGGGAGCUGGCCACAAAGCAGCGGUGCGCAAGCUACUGGAAGGCAAUGUGAUGUUGAUAAAUGCUGCUGGUCAGACGAACGGCACAGUGAGUCAGACUGAGGACAGCAAGGAGCAAGUGGCCAUCUGCGUCCAGCGUGACUCCUCGGACAGAAUAUCAGGCAGCGACUGGACAGAUCAACAUCACAGCCCUACUACAAACUCCAGCUCCCACAAUGCAGAGCUACAAGAUGUGGCUUUUCCUGCUGCCUACUUCACAGCACCAGGUACCUCCAGGCUCACCAGCCAGCGUCUCCACCCGGCAGUGGGCGAGACGGAGGUAUCCGGCCACGGCUCGUCUCAGCAGGACUCCAUCGACCUGUCGAGACUGGAGUUCCAGCAGAGGACGGACGCUCUGGAGCAGCAGCAGCAGAUGAAGAUCCUGGAAUGGGAGAACAGGAUGAAGGUGCUGGCGUGGGAGCAGGAGCUGGUGAGGGAGAAGAGGAGAGCGGCGCGGCAGAAGGAGAAGGCCUUCAGGAUGAAGAAGGCCUACUACAAAGCCAAGUUAAGGAGGAUAUGCCAGGAUGUGCCGCCAUCUUCCUCCAGCAGCAGCGAUGAAGAGGAGAAAACACCUAACCCAACAGGAUAAACUGUUUUAUACUUGUAUUUUUACAAGUGGUUGUUUGAAUAUUGUAUUUUAUGUCUAUAUGCCAUGAUACUGUCACUAUUUUUAUACAUCGUUUUAUAUUGUAAUGCAAAGGAAAGGUAUUCUGUAAACUUACAUCAGCUGUCCUUGCACAGGAAGGAAAUCCACUUUUCCUUCUGCAUGAGGCGUCUUUGGUUCUUUCAAAGUAGAAAGCAAGACAAAUCACACUCAAGUAGAAGUAGUGCUACUUCAAAGCCACUGUGAGGAGAUCUUAGCCGGCUAUGAAACGGACUGAAAUGAAUAUUGAUGACUCUUUAUGAACUACAAGAGCAAAAGAGAUCAUCAGCACAAAGAUGGAGUAUUCCUAUAUUGAUGGUUUAAUGACUAUAACAGCUGCUGAAGUAAAGCAGGGCAAGAUUUAAGCAGAUAACAUUACUAAGAUCAGUAAGGAAAUAAGAGGUCUGGCUUUGUCCACAGGGGCGCCAACAUCAAAACAACACAAAAGUUCCUCACGGUAGCUUUAAAGGACUAGUUGGAGUACCUGAGUUUCAGACUUCUCCAAAAAAUACAAAAAACGCUCCUGGUGAGUAACAUUAUACAAUUUUAUCACAAGAACUGAUGUCCAAUUAAUCUGCAAUGUGAUGAUCAUCUUUCCUGUUUUAGUGUCUUCUCACAAAGACAUCCAAAACAAACUAAAGUAUUUGAGUAAAAUACUCGAUCUAAAACCAAUCCAGGUGGAAGAAGUGGCACUUAAUGACCUACAACACUGAAGUACUCAGAGAUGAUACAGAAUAAAUGCUAUGCUGUGUUAAACGGUUGAGAUGAUCCAGUUUUAUCUGUAAUUUUUGAAUGUGUGGCUUAAGUAUUGCAAAUGAUUUGAUGUCUAUUAAUGUUUGUUUUAAGUUUCUGUGAAGGUCAAAGCCUGUUCUAGGAUGACCUUUAUAUGAAAAUAUAAUCCCUGCACAUGUAGAAAAAUGGAUGAAUGGACAAUCUGUCAGAAUACUUUUACAAGCAAA